CUCGGCGUGACUUUCCAACAUUCCCCGAUCAGUCAAUAAAAUUGCGCGGGAAUUCAACGGAGAACUCUCCCCGGUGUGGCUAUGUUCGAAUGCCAGACAAAUCGCUGCACGGCCUUUGCACGCGAUGCCGGAAGAUCGCUUUGUAGCGCGCCAGCGCCCACGAUCCCGGAUGAUGGUGGAAUUUUUGUGUUGUUCGAUGUGGAGCUGUGCGAGCUGUACGAUACGCUGCUGUACGACCUCUGCAAAAUGGUGCACGAUCGGUUAACCGCGCUCAAGUUCAGCUACGAGUUGACGGCACGAAAUGCUCGUACCCAACGGCAAGAGGUCACACGAUUCCUACGUCUAGCCGUCGACACAGCCGCUAGCAUGAGGGGCGAGAAGUUGAACGAAGCCGUUUCGUUGCUUAGCAACUGUAUGCCACGACUGGUGGACCCGCUGUUCAAGUACGGCCGCAAUAGCGUGCACGAUCAGGAGAGUGAAGGGUACGAGCUGUACCAUGCCGGGCUCGAGUGGCGUUGGUUGGUGUUGCUGUUGGCCAGCGAAGCAGCAGCAGCCGAGGAAUCCUGCGAACCAUCCUCCUCGUCGGAAGCGGCCAAGAGCCGCCGAAAACGACGAUCAAUUCACGUUACGUUCCGGGCUCUGUUUCGCGACAUGAUGGUCGAUCUGCUGGAACUCGUGUUUCAACUGUUCCGCAUCAACACGGUCGAUAGUCUCGUUGAUGAGUGUCCUUUUCAAUGCGGUUGCCUUCGAUCCAUGUGGCUCGGUUUGAUGUCACUAGCGGAACGUAGCAAUGGACAGCUUCAGUUCUGGACUUGCAUGGACGAAUGCAUUCCCACGGUACUGAACGGACGAACGGAUGGCUAUCUGUUGAAGUUGUGGUUGAUGAACGGGUUGGCCGGUCUGCUGGUGGCCGAUGUUCCGACACUGUCCGCCGAUUCCGCUCAAACGUUCGCCGAUGAGUUGCUGAACGAGGUAUUAAAGGCCGAUUGCCGUGAGGAGCAAAUGCGCGUCAUUCUGGUGCUCCUGUGUCCCAUCAUCUCGGGAAAGUCCGGUCCGGUGCGCCAUGAACCGAUCAUCGCCCUUUGGGCGUACUUUAGUGCGCGCCUCAAUUCACCUUUUCUACUAAAAACGGACUCGAUCACUAGCGGUGGUUGCGUGAGCCAAUCGAUCGCCGGUUUCAUCGAACAAGCCCAGGAACUGGUGACUGCAUCCGAGGAGCAAGCAACACUCCGCACAGGCCUCGAUGCACGGCGCGUUAACAGUUUUCGGAUGUUUCUGAUGAUGUUGGCCUUUGUUAUAAGGCACUUUACGAGGGAAACGAACAAAAAGAAAGUGCAAAUCAUUUUUAACCGGGUGUUUGUCAAGUUGGCCCCGAACAAGUACGUCAACAUGACGGAACAAGCGAUCUACAAUCUGGGUCUGAUGCUCACAACCAUGACCGUGGCCACCGGUUAUCCGGAAGACUAUCCGCGUGUCUCACGCCACAUGCAAAUGGUACCGUUCGAUGGCGGUGGCGGUGCCAUGAAACAACCGGUUGAUGUGGCCAUACGGAGGAUCGCGAUGGCAACGCAGGCACACAUGGCACUUCUGGUGCUGUUUAGUGGAGCACCGAGCUUCGAUAAGACGGGCCAUGUGGUCGAAUUGAUGCGAAACUUUGAGGAAGCACACCAGAAGUAUGGCCAACGGUUACUGCCCGCUAUGUCGGCCAUUGCGGAGGGAGUGCAGCUAUUGUUUGAGAAGGCAGCAUCACGAGGAUCGUUCGAGCGAGGAGAACUCUCGUUGAUCGAUGCUUGGCUUACAAGAUACCUGCAUGGACCGGGCACUGGCUGGCAUCGACUGUUGGAUGCGAUUACGUCUGCAAUGGUACAAACAGCAUCACACAGCUCAAACCGUGCCCUCACGGAAGCGGUCAUGAAGCACGUGUUUCCGUUUGUGAAGGAACAGUUUAUGAAAUCCGAUCCAGCGCCCAGUAGCAUCGCCCGAUUGGCGGCACAGUUGACGUUGAACGCAAAAACGGAUGGUGAUCCAGGGGAGACGUGGGGCUUUCAGGCUCUUUUCAACACCUUCACCGGAAAUUCGACGGCCGAUUCGCAGCAGCUGCUCGAUUACUUGAAGGAGAUCGUCACGAGCAGUAGGGCGCAAGAGCUGGACGAACGUGUGAUCGUACGCCUUUGGCUUAAGCUGGCACUGUACUACGGUGCCCAGGAGUUGCGUGACCUAACGCGUGCCGUCUAUCGGUUGGAUGAGUUCCGAGCGUUGUGUGACAUUCCCGAGUACGAUCUACUGGAGACGGAUGCUGUACCGAUGCACCUGUUUCUACGCUACAUCGGUAAACGGUUCCGCGAGACACACGAUGGCAACGAGCAGCUACAGUUGAAAAUGCGCUUGCACCAUCUGUUCCAGCACUUUGAUCGUUGGAUUCCGGAACCGACGGGAAUUGUGCGGCAACGGAUCCUCUCGGUGCUGGUGCUUGCACUGAAGGAGUGCGAUCAAGCGUUUUACAUACGAUCGAAUCCGAGCUGUCUCUAUCAUCUUGCCUUUCAGCAGUACUUUCUCCCGGUGUCGGUGCUCACCGAUCGACAGCUGGCGGCGGAUUAUGUUGAGGACAUGGCACGUGUCUGGCACCGGGUGAUGGAUGUAUUGAGUCGUAUGGCGUACCAGUCCGAUUCCGUCAUUGGUGAUCGUGUGAUCAAUAUGCUGACCAAAUGGUUACCACAGUUUGCCAAGCUUCCUUCGAAAGCUCCCCGGGAAAUGGUGCGACCACUGUUGCUGUUCUUUUCCGGUUCCGGCACUAAUGAAGCGCUCGUAAACUAUGCAAUGCCCCGGGUUGCCAGUACGUUCGUGGAGUUGCAGCGUUGUCUUCCGAAGCCAAAUGCAUUGCCCGUGAUGCGAAUGCUGCAGUGGUUGCUCCAAGAACUGAUUGCAUCGGCCGAUUACGCCAAGGUGGCGCUGUUCGAGCGCCUUCUCGGUCUACCGAUCGUGAUGCAUGCGGUCAUGUGCAGUGCCUCACAACCGACACGAGGAAUCGCUACGACGCUCGUGUACGAUAUGGUGGCCAGUACGAGCGGACCUUCGAAUAUGGUACGGGACGAGAUGCGCACGGUGUUGGCGAAUUUCACGCGCAAAUAUCUGCCCAUCGCGGCCGAUACGUACUUUGUGUUCAUGUGCCGGUUGGCCGAUCGUAAUCCACUCUUCAUCCGCUCCCUGAUCGACACGGUACGGGAGGAGCUGGUACAAGCGGAACGAUUACGCGGCACCGGGACGGACUCGUUUCUACGAAAAUCGCUCUACCGGUUGGAGGGUGCGGUUGAGGCGAGCACGGCCAAACUAUCGUCCACGAAGGUUGAUGAGACGUAACGCCGUUGUGCGUGCAUGGUGAGAUG